AUGAUUAUUACUGUCUGUUUGACAUUCUUAAUUUGUAUUCUUUCUUUUUUUCUUUCUUUCUUAAGUCUUUCUUCUAUUCUUUAUUUCUUUUCUUUUAAUUUCUUUUUUUCCUCUUACGUCUUUAUUAUUUCUUUUUCAAUUUUCUUAACCAUACGCCUUUCUUUCUUUCUUUCUUUCUUUCUUUCUUUCUUUCAUUCUUUCUUUCUCGGUCUUUUCUUUCUUUCUUUCUUUCUUUCUUUCUUUCUUUCUUUCUUGGUCUUUUCUUUCUUUCUUUCUUUCUUUCUUUCUUUCUUUAGGCUUUUUCAUAGUCUUUCUUUCUUGAAACGCGCAUUUUUUAUUUCUGUAAUGUUUUUGUUAUCCUUACAUAUUUUUCUUUCAAUCUUUGACUGUUUGUUUGCUUGUUUGUUUUCUUUUAACCUAAUUCUUUCACUCUUCCUUCCUUCCUUCCUUCCUUCCUUUCACUCUUCCUUCCUUCCUUCCUUCCUUCCUUCCUUCCUUCCUUUCACUCUUCCUUCCUUCUUCCUUCCUUCCUUCCUUCCUUUCACUCUUCCUUCCUUCCUUCCUUCCUUUCACUCCUCCUCCCUUCUUUCCUUCCUUCCUUUCUUCCUUCCUUUCACUCUUCCUUCCUUCCUUCCUUCCUUCCUUCCUUCCUUUCACUCUUCCUUCCUUCCUUCCUUCCUUCCUUUCACUCUUCCUUCCUUCCUUCCUUCCUUCCUUCCUUCCUUCCUUUCACUUCCUUCCUUCCCUUCCUUCUUUCUUCCUUCCUUUCACUCUUCCUUCCUUCCUUCCUUCCUUCCUUUUCCUUUCCUUCCUUCCUUCCUUCCUUUCACUCUUCCUUCCUUCCUUCCUUUCACUCUUCCUUCCUUCCUUUUCACUCUUCCUUCCUUCCUUCCUUCCUUUCCUUUCCUUUCCCUUCCUUCCUUCCUUCCUUCCUUCCUUUCUUCCUUCCUUUCCUCUUCCUUCCUUCCUUCCUUCCUUUCACUCUUCCUUCCUUCCUUCCUUCCUUCCUUCCUUUCACUUUCCUUCCUUCCUUCCUUCCUUUCCUUUCCUUCCUUCUUUCUUCCUUCCUUCCUUCCUUCCUUUCCUCUUCCUUCCUUCCUUCCUUCCUUCCUUUCCUCUUCCUUCCUUCCCUUCCUUCCUUCCUUCCUCUUUCCUCUUCCUUCCUUCUUUCCUUCCUUCCUUUCUUCCUUCCUUUCACUCUUCCUUCCUUCCCUUUCUUCCUUCCUUCCUUUCACUCUUCCUUCCUUCCUUCCUUCCUUCCUUCCUUCCUUUCCCUUCCUUCCUUCCUUCCUUCCUUUCCUUCUUCCUUCCUUCCUUCCUUCCUUCCUUCCUCUUCCUUCCUUCCUUCCUUCCUUUCCUCUUCCUUCCUUCCUUCCUUUCACUCUUCCUUCCUUCCUUCCUUCCUUUCCUUCUUCCUUCCUUCCUUCCUUCCUUCCUUCCUUUCCUCUUCCUUCCUUACUUUCCCUCUUCCUUCAUUCCUUUCACUCUUCCUUCCUUCCUUCCUUCCUUUCUUCCUUCCUUCACUCUUCCUUCCCUUCCUUUCCUCUUCCUUCCUUCCUUCCUUCCUUCCUUUCCUCUUCCUUCCUUCCUUCCUUCCUUCCUUCCUUCACUCUUCCUUCCUUCCUUCCUUCCUUCCUUUCACUCUUCCUUCCUUCUUCCUUCCUUCCUUCCUUUCCUUUCCUUCCUUCCUUCCUUCCUUCCUUUCCCUUCCUUCCUUCCUUCCUUCCUUCCUUCCUUCCUUUCACUCUUCCUUCCUUUCUUCCCUUCCUUCCUUUCCUUUCCUUCCUUCCCUUCCUUCCUUCCUUCCUUCCUUCCUUUCACUCUUCCUUCCUUCCUUCCUUCCUUCCUUCCUUCCUUUCACUCUUCCUUCCUUCCUUCCUUCCUUUCUUCCUUCCUUUCCUCUUCCUUCCUUCCUUCCUUUCCUCCCAUUCCUUCCUUCCUUUCCUUCUUUCCUUCCUCCCUUCCUUCCUUCCUUCCUUCCUUUCCUCUUCCUUUCUUCUUCCUUCCUUCCUUCAUUCCUUUCACUCUUCCUUCCUUCCUUCCUUCCUUCCUUUCUUCCCUUCCUUUCCUCUUCCUUCCUUCCUUCCUUCCUUCCUUCCUUCCUUUCCUUCUUCCUUCCUUCCUUCCUUUCCUUUCCUUCCUUCCUUCCUUCCCUUCCUUUCCUUCCUUCCUUCCCUUCCUUCCUUCCUUCCCUUCCUUCCUUUCACUCCUUCCUUCCUUCCUUCCUUCCUUCCUUCCUUCCUUCCUUCCUUCCUUCCUUUCCUUCCUUCCUUCCUUCUUCCCUUCCUUCCUUACACUCUUCCUUCCUUCCUUCCUUUCACUCUUCCUUCCUUCCUUUCACUCUUCCUUCCUUCCUUCCUUCCUUCCUUUCACUCUUCCUUCCUUCCUUCCUUCCUUCCUUCCUUCCUUCCUUUCUUCCUUCCUUUCACUCUUCCUUCCUUCCUUCCUUCCUUCCUUCCUUCCUUACACUCUUCCUUCCUUCCUUCCUUUCACUCUUCCUUCCUUCCUUCCUUCCUUUCACUCUUCCUUCCUUCCUUCCUUCCUUUUACUGUUUCUUCCUUCCUUUCUUUCUUUAUUUCACUCUUUCUUUCUUUCUGCCACGUUUUCUUCUUUUCUUACAUUCAUUCAUGGUUACAUUUUGUUAUACGUACGUCUUUCUUUCUUUUUUUUCUUCCACUCUCGUUUUUUUCUUUACCUCAUUGUUUUAUUCUUCCCUUUUUCACUAAUUCUUUCUUUCUUUCUAUCUUUCUUUUUUCACUGUUUCUUUUUUCUUACAUUCAUUCAUACUUUUAUUUUGCUGUACGUACGUCCUUUUCCUUCAUUUUUCUUUUUCUUUCUUUCUUUUUUUCUUUAUUUAUUUUUUUCUUUCUGAUUCUAUUUCUUGGGGCUUUUUUUAUUUGCUUCUUUUUUGUUUUCAAUUUUUCUGUCGCUGCGUUUUUCAUUCUUUCUUUCUUUUGGCUUUUCGUUUUUUUUUUUAAAUUGUCUUUUCAGGUUGAUUUUUUUUCUGUCUUUAAUUUUUUCUUUUCUUUUAAAAUUUCAUUAUUUUUUCUUCUUUUUUCAAUAUUUCUAUCUUUCAACAUUCUUUCUUUCUUUCAACAUUUAUUGUUUGUUUCUUUCUUUCUUUCAUUCCUUCUUUCUUUACACCCCGUUUUCUUUUUCACUGAUCAUAUCAGUUUUUCUUUUUCUUUGUUUCUUAUUUUACAUCAGUAUUUCCCAUUCCUCUUUCUCAGUCUUUCUUUCUUUCUUUCUUUCUUUCUUUCUUUCUUUCUUUCUUCAUGUCCGUUUAUCUCACUCUGCUUCGAGUUCGAGGCUCUGACUUAA